GAAAAACAUUACUCCAAAAAUUUAAAAAAAUCUCAGCUCCCCCCGAGCCAGACGUUAAACGACGUCACUUUAAUGUACCCUUUCCCCAAAAAUUGGGGCUUUGUAAAUUCAUUUGAACAAUUCACAAAUUGUAGAAUUUAGGGUUCUUUUUCAGUAAUGGAAAGUGGGAUUUGUAGUCCCACAAGAUGAAAAGCAGUCAAGAAGAAGCGAGCCGCGGCGGCGCAGCAGAUGAAGAAAGUGUGAAAUUUCACAGUGUUGUACAGCCACUUAGGGAUUUAGAAUCCAACUGGGGUGUUGAUUUAGCCAAAAAUCUUGAAGAAUAUUUGCUCAAAAUUUGCUCUGGUGAAAUUACUAGAGAUAAUUAUGAUGAUGGUCAUGUGAAUUUUGCUGAAGCUGCAUUGCUGCUUCAGGGGUCAGUUCAGGUGUACAGCAGGAAGGUGGAAUAUCUGUAUUCUCUGGUAUUGCAUUGUUUGGAAUUCAUUACCAAGAAGAGUGAACCAGAUCUACCAGCAAGUGUAUCAGCCCAAGAAGAUGAAAACGGUUUGCCUGCUGCCGACAAUGAAGAGAAUGAUCCAUACUGGGCUUCAGAAGAAACCUCAG